GGGCGGCGAGCCCUCUUCUGAGCCGCCGCCAUCAUGCUGCUGCCUGUGUUCACCCUGAAACUGCGCCACAAAAUCAGCCCCCGCAUGGUGGCCAUAGGGCGCUACGACGGGAUUCACCCGUGCCUGGCAGCCGCCACCCAAGCGGGCAAGGUUUUUAUUCACAAUCCUCAUACCCGGAGUCAGCAUGUCAGUGCAUCCAGGGUCUUCCAGAGCCCCCUGGAGUCUGAUGUUUCACUUCUCAACAUCAACCAGGCAGUCAGCUGCCUGACUGCAGGAGUAUUGAACCCAGAACUUGGCUAUGAUGCUCUUUUGGUGGGGACACAGACUAAUCUUCUGGCUUAUGAUGUCUACAAUAAUUCAGAUUUGUUCUACAGAGAGGUUGCAGAUGGGGCCAAUGCAAUUGUGCUGGGAACACUGGGGGACAUUUCCUCUCCUCUUGCGAUUAUUGGUGGAAAUUGUGCUCUGCAGGGUUUUGAUCACGAAGGAAAUGAUCUCUUUUGGACGGUUACUGGAGAUAACGUUCAUUCCUUGGCCUUAUGUGACUUUGACGGUGAUGGUAAGAAAGAGCUCCUUGUCGGAUCAGAGGAUUUUGAUAUCCGAGUUUUUAAAGAAGAUGAGAUUAUAGCAGAAAUGACAGAAACAGAGAUAAUCACCUCUCUUUGCUCCAUGUAUGGUAGUCGAUUUGGUUAUGCCCUUUCCAAUGGCACAGUUGGAGUUUACGACAAAACAGCCCGAUACUGGAGAAUUAAAUCCAAAAAUCAUGCCAUGAGCAUUCAUGCUUUCGACCUUAAUUCUGAUGGAGUGUGUGAACUGAUAACUGGCUGGUCCAAUGGGAAGGUCGAUGCUAGAAGUGACCGAACUGGGGAGGUCAUCUUUAAAGACAACUUUUCUUCUGCAGUUGCCGGUGUGCUGGAGGGAGAUUACCGGAUGGACGGUCACACACAGCUAAUCUGCUGCUCCGUGGAUGGGGAAAUCCGGGGCUACCUGCCAGGCACAGCCGAGAUGAGAGGCAACCUCAUGGACACCAGCACAGAGCAGGACCUAGUCCGAGAGCUGAGUCAGAAAAAACAGAAUCUGUUGCUGGAACUCCGUAACUAUGAGGAAAAUGCCAAGGCUGAAUUGAGUCCACUGAACGAGGCUGAUGGGCCUCGGGGCGUCAUCCCAGCCAACACCAAGCUGCACACCGCCCUCUCAGUCAGUCUGGGGCAUGAGACCCAGCCUGCUCACGUGGAACUGUGCAUUUCCACCUCUAACGACACCAUCAUCCGAGCAGUGUUGAUUUUUGCCGAGGGAAUCUUCCUGGGUGAAAGCCACGUGGUACACCCCAGCAUUCACAGCCUUUCCAGCUCCAUCCGCAUCCCAGUGACACCUCCCAAAGAUGUCCCUGUGGAUCUGCACUUGAAAACCUUCGUGGGUUACAGAAGCAGCACCCAGUUUCAUGUGUUUGAAUUGACAAGACAGCUCCCCCGCUUCUCCAUGUAUGCGCUGACUGCCCCCCACUCUGCCACCGAGCCACUCAGCUACGUCAACUUUAUCCUUGCGGAACGGGCACAGAGGGUUGUUAUAUGGCUCAACCAGAACUUUCUGUUACCAGAAGACACUAACAUUCAAAAUGCUCCAUUUCAAGUGUGUUUCACGUCCUUACGGAAUGGUGGCCAGCUGUAUAUAAAAAUCAAGCUUAGUGGAGAGAUCACCGUAAAUACUGAUGAUAUCGACUUGGCUGGUGACAUCAUCCAGUCGAUGGCAUCAUUUUUUGCUCUUGAAGACCUUCAGGUAGAAGCAGAUUUCCCAGUUUACUUUGAGGAGUUACGAAAGGUGCUAAUUAAGGUGGAUGAAUAUCAUUCAGUGCAUCAGAAGCUCAGUGCGGAGAUGGCCGAUAAUUCUAACCUGAUUCGAAGUUUGCUGGUCCGAGCUGAGGAUGCGCGUCUGAUGAGGGACAUGAAAACCAUGAAGAAUCGCUACAUGGAACUGUACGACCUUAAUAAAGACUUGCUAAAUGGAUACAAAAUUCGCUGUAACAAUCACACAGAGCUACUGGGGAACCUCAAAGCAGUAAAUCAGGCCAUUCAAAGAGCAGGUCGUUUGCGGGUCGGAAAACCAAAGAACCAGGUGAUCACUGCUUGUCGGGAUGCAAUUCGAAGCAACAACAUCAACAUGCUGUUCAGAAUCAUGCGCGUGGGGACAGCUUCUUCUUAGGAAAGGAAACAAUAGGAUUUCUCCAUAGUUACUCAGGGACCCAGCUUCCUGUGAUCAUUCAGCCCUGUCAUCCUCUAGAGCAGCCUUUCCCUGAGUUCUCUAGAGAAAGAAGUUUCAGGAAAUCAGUUCGGGUGACAAUUUUCACAUUCAUCGCAUACAGUGAAAACCUGAUGGCACAGGAACCCUGUUGGAGAAGGGCUGUCCUAAGGCCUUACAGGUAUUUAUAUCCCAGUCAGUAGAAAAGGGAAAGCUUUUAUCAAAGCUGUGAUCUGGAAAUAGCACAUUAUCAUUUCCCCUCAUGCUCCCUUAGCUAACAUGGCCACACCUCACUGCAGAGAGGCAAGGAAGAGAAAGCUGGUGUUUGUGCCAACAGCUAGCAACUCCUUCCCUCAGAGUGAAACUUUGGCCUUAAGGUAGAUUCCGGGACUGGUUUAAUGUUUAAAACAUUCGUCAUAGUGUGGCUGUUGUUGAAAGCGCUGCUGUAAACAUUGGGGUACAAGUGCCCCUAUGAAUCAGCACUCCU